CAAGCAAUGUUUCCAGCCUCCUUUGUGUUCUCCCAUUCCUAGCAACUAAGUUUGCUUAAUUUGCUUCAGAAUUUAGAGAAGGGAUUGCAGCUGGCAAAUAUGUGAAGGAGUUUUUAAACCUACAGAUUCUUCUUCUGACUUUAGACUUUGUUACUAUAUUGCCAGGAAAACAUAAAUGCUUAUGGUGGACCAUGUUAGAAAUCUUGUCGAGAGAGUGGAUUGUGGCACACAGAAUGGAGAUGUGGCUUCUGAUUCUGGUGGCGUAUUUGUUCCAAAGCAAUGUGAAUUCAGGACGUUUGCCAACUAAAGCUGUGGACCCAGAAGCAUUCAUGAACGUUAGUGAAAUCAUCCGACAUCAAGGCUAUCCUUGUGAGGAGUAUGACGUCACAACAGAAGAUGGGUAUAUCCUUUCUGUUAACAGAAUUCCUCGAGGCCUAGUGCAACCUAAGACAGGUCCCAGGCCUGUGGUGUUACUGCAGCAUGGCCUAGUUGGAGAUGCCAGCAACUGGAUUUCCAACCUGCCCAACAAUAGCCUGGGCUUCAUUCUGGCAGAUGCUGGUUUUGAUGUGUGGAUGGGUAACAGCAGGGGAAACACCUGGUCUCGGAAACACAAGACCCUCUCCAUAGACCAAGAUGAGUUUUGGGCUUUCAGUUAUGAUGAGAUGGCUAGGUUUGACCUUCCUGCAGUGAUAAACUUUAUUUUGCAGAAAACGGGCCAGGAAAAGAUCUAUUAUAUCGGCUAUUCACAGGGCACCACCAUGGGCUUUAUUGCAUUUUCUACCAUGCCAGAGCUGGCUCAGAAAAUCAAAAUGUAUUUUGCUUUAGCGCCCAUAGCCACUGUUAAACAUGCAAAAAGCCCUGGGGCCAAAUUUUUGUUGCUGCCAGAUAUGAUGAUCAAGGGAUUAUUUGGCAAAAAAGAAUUUCUGUACCAGACCAGAUUUUUCAGACAGUUUGCUAUUUACCUUUGUGGCCAGGUGAUCCUUGAUCAGAUUUGUAGUAAUAUCAUGUUACUUCUGGGCGGAUUUAACAGCAACAAUAUGAACAUGAGCCGAGCAAAUGUAUAUGUUGCCCAUAAUCCUUCUGGAACAUCCGUGCAAAAUAUUCUACACUGGAGCCAGGCAGUCAAUUCUGGGGAACUCCGGGCAUUUGACUGGGGCAGUGAGACCAAAAAUCUAGAAAAAUGCAAUCAGCCAACUCCUAUAAGGUAUAAAGUUAGAGAUAUGACGGUCCCUACAGCCAUGUGGACAGGAGGGCAGGACUGGCUUUCAAGUCCAGAAGAUGUGAAAACUCUGCUCUCUGAAGUGACCAACCUCAUCUACUAUAAGAACAUUCCUGAGUGGGCUCACGUGGAUUUCAUCUGGGGUUUGGACGCGCCUCACCGUAUGUACAACAAAAUCAUACAUCUGAUGGAGCAGGAGGAGACCAACUCUUCCCAGGAAAUGUGUGAGGUUGUAUCGUGAAGCGUCUGAUACCGACAGGUUGUAGGAACACUCUCAUGGAAGACGGGGCUAGGGCCUGUGAAGGAUUUCAAGAAGAAUUUCCAGAAUUGGAAAACUACCAUCUUGGUAGAAGGGAAGGAAUAUAGUAUGCAUUCCUUCAGAUUUCCUGCAUUUGGCACUAAAACUCACAUUUACCUUUUGUACAGUUAAUUAAACUACUCAUUGGGUGAACACAGGUUCCAUAUGCUGUUAUAUAGUCUGCCAUCUUGAAUGGUGUAUUUUACCUGAUAGCCACAAGGCAUCUAGACAUUGUCUAUGUCAUUCAAUUAAACCUUUUUAAAACCUCUUUAAAAAUAAGCUGUAUUUUUGGAGCAGUAAAAUAAAAGGACAAAUUGGGACAUAUUGAGGUAUUGAAUCUCUGGAUUGUUGUUGAUUUUGACAAAAUAAGCUAGGUUUUUCACUUUGUUGCCAUAGAGAUUUAACACUACCUCACGAAGCCAAGAUGCUUUCAUAACAACAACAAUUAAAAAUAAUCAAUGAUACAGUAAAAGCAUGCUCCAAAUAAAGUCAAGUUUUACAGUUGGAUCUCAGAGAAAAAGAUUUUGUAGGAUGUUUAUGUGUUUUCCAAUAAAUGCUUUAUGUAUUCCAUAAAGCAUGUAUGUGUAUUCCGGUAGAUUCUAGUCCAAGCUUGUUUGAGAGUUUACAGCCUGUUGCUAGGAGACUUAACGGCUAGAAAUUCCUAGCUUCCAAAGUUUUCUGCCUCCAAAAAUUAAAACCUAGGAAGAAAAUUGUAUAACACCAUGAGUAUAAUGAAACAAAUUAUCAUGCAUUUUAUCCUUUAAUCUUGACAAAAUUAAUGUGAGACAAUCACUCCAACUCACAAACCUAGAUUUAUUUCUUUAGAAAAUUUUUCAAUUUUUACAACAGUUUCAAAGAUGACAGUUGUAAAUUAUAUGAGUACUAUUUUACAAAAUUUCUGAAACCUAAUUGAAGAUAUGCUGGUGUGUGCCAAAGGUGUACUGUGGAAGGUAUACUGGUGUGUGAAGUGCACUUGUUUUCUCUGUCCUCCAGAGACCCUGUUAACUCAGUUCAAUGCUAAUCAAUCUUAAAUAAUUUAUUAAGGGAUGUUUAAAGGCUUCAGAAUCUAUAUCUGCACACUGCUUCCCUCACAAAAUAUGUGUCUUUAGGGCUUAUACGUAAUUCAAUAAAUACUGCUGGAU